AUCUUUAUUAUUAGAACUGGCUCGACUCUGUCUGGAAUUAGAUUUUGCUGAUUUAGCCGAAAUUUGUGCUGAAAAUAUGAAACUAUGUAAUAUUAAGGAUCAGAAGUUUUAUUUAGAGUUGGAGUUUUUAGAUUGUGCGAUGGCUGUAAAAAGUUUAGGUGAAAAACAAGAAUCAUAUCAAAAACCAGUUGUAGAUGCAAGAAUGCAAGCAAUGAAGAGAUGUGAAGAAGCCAUUUUAAAUGCUAUACGUCUUGGUGAUCCAAACAUUAUACAAGUAGGCUGUGUCACCCAGUGGAAUUUAUCUCUACCAUUACAACAGGCUAACUUACGACAACAUAUUCGUAAACAUUUGAUCAUCAUUGCAGAGGCACUCGAAGAAAUUCAAAGUUUAUUAAUACAGCUUAGAUGUCAAAUACAUACAGAAUUAGCACAUUGUGAAGAAGAUAAUGAACAAAUACAAGUUGCCAUGCAACAUUUGAAAAAGGCUUUAUUAUUAGAUGAUGGUAAUGUUUAUAAAGAAAGGUUAGAGGUGGUACUACAUCGUUUAGAAUUACGAUCUGAAUUAUAUAAACAACCAGAACGACCAGAAGAUCAGGCAGCAAUGAUUAUUGAACAGGCUAGAAGUUGUGAUUCAGGAACAAUCCGAAUGAAGAGAUCGUUGUUAGUUAAAGCUGGUGAAGCUCUUUCACCUGAUGCAUUUCUACUUGUUUUAGACAGUGAAAGUGAAACUAGAGAUACAAGUGGUAAAGGUCCACAAACAGUCAUCAGAAAACUGGCAGCUAAAGCUCAACAAUUUAAUAAAUGUCUGAAAAAAGCUGAAGGACAUUUAAAACGAUUAGGUGACGAAAAUGAUCGAGAAAGAGCGAGACUGUGGGCUGAUUUGGCUAAAACAGCGAGGAAAUAUGAAGUAUGGGAUGUUUGUCGUGUUGCCGCUAAGUUCACUCUGCUCUAUGAUGAUGAUAGAUGGAAGAAUAUUCCAGUAGAAAGACCAAUCAGUGUUGAGAAGAAAGUUGAAUCUAGAGAAGUAAAAGAAGACGCACCUCCCGGGUCGGAGUCAGAAAAGAAAUCGAGUCGUAUUAGUAGUCAUCCUGCCACUCCAGAACCUACCGUACCACUAUAUAAUAAAGAUUUACUACGUAUUCUAGCAGAAGUUAACUUUAUAUUUGGAGAGGCUUAUAUACAUUUACUGAGAUCCGAGAAAGUGGAGUUGAAUAAUAAACCUAUUCCACCAGAAGAUACUCGUAAACGACCUAAAGGUUAUGUUGCUAAGAAACCAGAAGAGGAUCCUGAUUGGUUAGAAUAUUGUGACUGGAUAAAGAUGUUAUCAGAGACAUCAACCAAGAGUUUUUUACGAGGUCUAGAAUUAGGAGUUAUAUUAGAGGAAGCAUGGUUAGUGUGUAGUGCUGCCGCCUAUGUGUGGAAUUAUAACAACCAUGUUUUAUCUGAGAACAGACAUCGUGAGAUUCUCGAUACAUUGGGUGUUGUUUUAGACGGAUUGAAGAAAGUCGGACAUGCUGGUGAAACCGUCAUGUUGGUGAAUAUAUGUAAUGCCCUGGCGUACAGUCUCAUACAACCCUGGAUACCUCCACCAGUUCCUAAAGAAAUCCAGGAACCACCAGUCUCCCCUUCUCCUGGAGAUAAAUCACCAGUUAAAGAUAAGAAAGCUGCAAGGACUACAGUAGGAACGGCUAAAAGUAAAGCUGGUGUAACAGUGACUAUAAGUCCUGAUGCUCUACCAGAUUUAAAGAAAGCCAUAGAGGUAUGUGAAUAUGGUAUGAUGGUAACCAAUGGCGAUAACAACCAGGAUGUUGUCAAUAUAUCUGUUCGUAUGCCGUUAUUACAGACAUGGGUAACAGCUAAACAGAUGGCGCUACAACAAAUAGCUAAAACUCUUGGUACAGAUGAUGAGACUAAUAUGGAGGGACAGAGAGGAAUGACUAAAGCAAUCGUGGCUACAGAAAUGGCAUCAAGGUCUAAAAAUGGAAUAAUGGAAUUUAAAGAAGUGCCACCAUUAGCUGAUAUUACUGUAAUGGUUGAGAAUUGUCGUUGGACUGAAAAGUUUAUAGAAUUACAACUGUGGACUAAAUUAACUUAUUUAUCCUUCACUCAAAAACAACAUACACUGGUGGUAAAAUGUAGCGAGAAAGCUUUAUGGUUUGUUAAUGUUGGAACACAACCGAAAAACAGAAAAAUGGAACCACAUCGUUAUGUGGUAGAACAGGAAAUGUUGAGUUACACCAGUUGCAUUCUGGGGCAGAGUUUAAUGGAGAAUAUGGCGGGAAAAAAUUUCAACAGACGACAAGCCAUGGAGGCUUUUCUCAACAGUGCUAGAUAUGGUCGAAACGCCAAAAACUACAACUUGGUCAUGUCUGCUGCUCGACAUUAUUGGAAUGCCUGUGUGGCAUUAGUCAAUCAACCAAUAGAAAGAGAGCUCUUAAAAGAACCUGUUCGUGUUUUGUUACAGUGUAUUACAGCAACCGCAGAAACACCAGUUAAGAAAGAGGAUAAAGAUGAGCAAUCAUCCCACAAUGGUCAUGGUGAUUCCAGUAAUGGUACACAGGUCAAGGUCAAGUCAGCAGAUGCUACUAAAGGUGAAAAAGACUCUGAUAAUAAAUCCUCUCGUAUGGUUGGUGGAGCUGAUGAUGACCUCACGUUAAGAGCAGCCUUAUAUGGUGUUUUAUUCCAAGCUUAUGCGGACAAGGGAGAAUGGGAAGAAUCAUUAGAUGCCAUGGAUCAAGCUGUAACAGUCAUGCCACGUACUAAACAUAGAUUGUUAAUAUUUAAACAUCGUGUUAUGGUAAAAGCCAGACUGGGUCGAGAUGUUAAUAUGGAUAUACAGAAAUUUAAGGAUGAAAGUGAAGAUUAUGUAGCACACAUGUGGAGAAGAGUAGCACUUAGUUCUCGAGUUACAGCGGAACAACUUAAAUCAUAUCAGAAUGCUAUACAAUCUCUCACGAUUAGUAAAUAUGAUUGGUUGAAAAUAGAUUAUUUAUUAGAGUUUGCUCAAUGGUUAUAUAUAAAUCAGUUCCCGUUAGUCGACUGUGUGGAUCAGGUAGAAUGGGCUAUAGAUAUCUUACUCAAUAUGAAAUAUGAGGCUCCACUACUUAAAAAGGAAGGUGUUAAAAAAGAUAAGAAAAAAGGAGGAAAAUUGUCAGCCAAGAAAUCCAAAUCUCCUGAUCUGGAGAAACCAGCUGCUGUGGAACCAACAGAAAAAACUGAUGAUACAAAAGAGAAAGAUGAUAAAACAGAAGAAGAAAUAAAUCCCGAAGAUUAUGUUCCUGUUACUAAAGAAGCAGAAAUAGGUGUUGGUCUGACAAAUGUUAAUAUGGUUAUGGAUGAUUUAACAGAUCUACAACAACUAGAUUAUCUGGUUCGAGCUCAUGUUAUACUUGCGGAGUUACACGGUCGUGGUUCACCGCAGUAUAAAGAUACACUACUCAUGGCGUAUGGAUAUUUACAACGUAUCUGGCAGGUUUCUGUAACAUACUCUGGUAAUACAUUAAAAGAACUGGCUAAAAACUCACCAGCAGAAACAGCCGCUGUCGGUGAUAAAUCAGCCAAAUCUAAAGGCAAAAAAGACAAAGAAAAAGAGGUUGUAAAAGAGAAACCAAAACGUAAAGGACCAUUAGAUGUUUUACCAUCAUCAACAGAGGAAUGGGCAGUAUAUGAUGUUCCAGAUGAGGUUUUAGAAGCUUUUAAACAUGAAUCUAUGAAGAAAUUAGGAGUCAAUACCAAAACUAUUAAAAAACCUAUGCUGACAUCACAUUAUUUAGAUGAGUUAGUGACAGAGUUACGUACCCUUGGUUACAAUCAUCUUGCUCUACCAGUCCUGGCAUUUCAAGAUUUACUGUCGCGUAGUAUCUUGAAUAACAAGGCUAUGACCAAUCUCUUCCAUAUAAGAUCUUUAGAAGUUUGUCAUGAAUUAGGUUUGAAAGGUGGUUGUAGUUUUCAUGAGAGAAUGGUUGGUAAUAUGGAGAUAAAUGAAGAAGAACAAGCUCAAUCAAGAGAAGAAAUUGCUCUAUGGAAAGAAAAACAAGUUCAGGUUUCACGAGAAGAAUUACGUGUUAAAGAAACGUUGACAAAACUUGCCGCUGAAGGAAAAGUAGAGAAAAGAACUCUUGCAUCCAGAACACAGUUUGUACCAACUAAGACGGAAGAGAAAGAUGUUAGUAUCAAUCAUCUGGGUAAAGUUUUAGGAGGUGUGUCAAUACGAGAAAUUUGGACAGAUAUAGCACAAGUAUUAAUAAGACAGGGUUAUUAUCAACAUGCUAGAAAUUAUCUUAAUGAAGCUAACAUUGCUGCUACAGCGUUUGGUGAUAAAGAUUUACAAGUGCGUAUUUUAUAUAGAUUAGCACAGCUAUCUUAUAAAGAGGCUCAAUAUGGACAGACUAUCAACUUCUGUAAAGCAGCACAAGAUUUAAAUUGUGGUAAUGAAAUCUUCUGGUAUGAGUCCACGAUGUUAAUGGUGGAUGCUACACUCAAAGAUUAUGAGAAUAAAAACAGCAAAAGAAUUGCUAGAAAGAUAGUGGUACAUGCAUUAAAUGAAUUUCAUCAGAUAUAUGAAGAAAGACCAAACAGAAUGAGUACAAUGUGUUUUAUAUUAGCAUCACUAGAAGUCAAGUUAGCAUCUAUACAGGCAACUAUAUUGAUGACUGGAGAGCGAAGGAGUACUGUACCACGUGUAAUGAAGGGUUUACUGUCUGCUUGUGAGAAAUUUGAGAAUGGUAUAGAGAAAUUACUACGGUCAGACUAUAAAAGAGAAGCAUUACCUUAUAUAAAAGAACAUGCUAAUGUUUUAAAACAUAUCGCUGGUGAAGCGAUUGAAACAGAAAUAAAACAUACUUAUCUACUACAGGCUUUAGCUGUAUUAAAAGAAGGUGUUAUUAUAGCUGAAGAUGUUUAUAAAGAUUCCUAUACACUCUCUUCUUUACAAGAUAUGAGAGGAUUAAGUUUGCCGAUACAACGUGAACUAGUGGAAAUACAGAUAUUAUGUGGGCACUUACUUGUUGAUAUUUUACGACUUCAGACAAAAGAAUCUCGAAAUAAACAGCUGGAAGAUGAACGCAAAGGAUCGGUCCUCUUGAUGGUUGAAGAUUUUGUGAGACAGACACCAAAUUAUACUCACAUGGAGAAGGACUGGGUAGAUAUUAAACAAACUGUAGGAGAAGAAGCAAUGACCAUGUUAUUAAACAGUCACAGUUUAUCAGCAAAUAUUCUUAGUUUACGAGCUCAGAGUUUAUUAAAUAUAGGAACAUGUUUACAUAUAUUAGGACAAGCUACAAGUCCAGCUGUUCCACCACAAUGGCUAGUAAACCAAAUGGAAAUACUGAAAGCUACAAGUGAGAAAAUAGACGAGGAGGAAAAUAAAAAUUACGAAGAGACGAAAAAAACAAUCAAAUAUACACAACAGAUUAUAGAGAAAAAGAAACAUCAUAUUGAGAGUAAAUUUUACCUGGUACAAGCUUGUGAAUGUUUGGUUCAAACUUUAAAUCUUUCUCUUCAAAAUGGAUAUACCGCAUUGGCCAGUUCAGCAGCAAAAGAAUUGGUAGAUUUGAUUGGUCAGUUUGAUCCAGCAGCAGCCAGUCAGCUUCUUGCAUUACAUCAGAGUUGUGAAACAUCAGUUAAACUGGAGAAACUUUUGCAUCAGUCACAGUUAGAUCCUGUCACGUCAAAACUUGCUACUCUUUUACAUCAACGGAAAAAUAUCCUAGACUCUGAUAUCCAGACGAAUCUAUCAUCCAGUGCUUUAAUGACAUCAGUUAAUACAGCAUUAGAGAAAGACUGGCAGGCAUGGAAGAGAUUAACAGUGCUUCCAAAUCAUUUAGAUCUGGUGAAAGAAUUUCCAUCCAAUUUUAAUUUUAUCAUAUUACAACAUGCACCAGACAGGAAUUUUCUAUAUGGAGCGCUAUUAGAUCGAUCUAAAGCUAGUAGCGGUGCUGGUGGUGGAAAGGGAGGUAAACAACAUUCUACAACAGUUCCAAGUCGAGCGAAGAUAUUUGGAAUUGAAACCAGUCCAAAAUGUAUUGAAGAACUAAUAGAACGAUUUAAUAACCAUAAACAAUGUGUACAACAGUUAUUAUUAAAACAAGAAUAUCAACGAACUCAAGUGGCGUUACGAAAUAAAAUGUUAGAAAACAUUGACAACAAUAUCAAACAGGAAGCCAAGGUACAAACUGUGGAAGAUCACAUGGAAGAACAGAGAUUAGAAGAAGAAUUCCGUCAUAUUGUCAUUGCCAUGGAAACCUAUUUAAAACCCAUCACAACCCAUAUACACCAUGCCUUGAGAUCAGGUUCAUCACCAACUGGUAGUACAGGUAAUCUAUCUAAAGAACCUAAAGAUCAUCACUUAUCACCAGAGUCUAUUGUAAUAUUGGCUGAUUCAGUGUUAUUACAGUUACCUCUAGAAGCUCUGGAAUGUCUACAAGGAAACUCUGUAUCAUCUUUAUCCCGAGAUUUCUCACUACAGAUGUUCUAUCAUAGAUUUCAUCAAGAACCUGUACAAGAAGACACAAGCGGAGAUAAAAAUAAAAAGAAGGGUAAAGAGGGUGGUAAUCCGAUGUCACGUAUACCAGGAGUACGAGAAGCUAAACAAAAACAAGCCAAGAUUGUACCACUAGAUCGUCCCAUACAACCCUGGCAAUUACCAGUUGAUACCAUGAACUUCAGAUAUAUGGUAGAUUGUUACGAUGAUUGCGCGGAGACGGAAGAGAAUAAACCUGUGUCUGUGUUUAACACUGUGGUGGAGGAAUACGAACAACAGUUUACACCACGUUGGUUAGGUUUAUCAGGCGAAGAUCAUCCACCCAGUGUUGGAGAAUGGGAAGUUUACCUGAAUGAAAGUAGUUCCAUGAUAUUUUAUGGUAUGGAACGUCUCCUCUCCUACAUUCCACCAUCUAAACUAUCAGCUCUAAAUAUUCCAGAAUGUGUGAUGCUGUUUUGUUUGGAUCUUGCCCAAACCAAUAAAAGUUUUCUACGCCAAUCAAAGACAGAUAUUCUUAAAAGCCAUAAUGAUCUAGCUCUAGAAAAACCAGUAGAAACAGCCAUGUUAUCCAGUUUAACAGGUGUUAAAUGUAUUCUAGCCAAUCAGUGGCCUUGUACCUUAGCAGAAAAUGCCAACAAAUUGAAAGUUUCCAUGAAAGAUUUACUACAGAAGGGAAAAACAACCGGACAGAUGGUUCGAUUAAUGAUGUCACCACAGAAACGAGCCAAUGAGGAACGAGCUGAAGCAGAAGCACGAGAGGCCGGAGAAUCAACACCGUCUGUGAAAUCAAAAGGUCACGAUAAACAUGACGAUAAAUCUAGUAAAGGAACAGGACCAAGUGGAAGUCCAGACGGAACCAGAUCCAUAGCGGAGACAGAUCACGGAGAGGAAGAAACAGAAGUAGUAAUGCAGCCAUCUUGGUUUAAUCUUGUUUGUUAUGGAUUACCUAAUUUGGUCGUAACCCAGAUGUAGUCAUUGACAACUGUUGUUAGGGUAAACAUUGAAGGGUUCCAAUGUACAUCAAAGAGAACAUUAUGAAUGAAUUUUUCACUGUAAACAUUAAAUUAAUAAGUCAGAAUUAUACACUUAAAUUAUUUUAAUAACAUUUAGUAAUUGAACUGGAAAUACACAGGACACAGUUCUAUGUGAUACAAUUUACUGUUGAAUACUGAGUGACAAUUUGACUAGCAUCCUAUGAUUUUGAUCAAGCGAUGAUGAGAAGCCAAGUUGGAAAUUGUAUUCCAUUGAAUUGUUGUCCGUGAUCUAAGUAUGUCCAUUCCAAAUUAAGAAUAAUAAUCGGUGGUCUUGUUCCACAUUGUAUUGUUAGAGUUAUCUGCAGUUGUUUUUUGUAUUACCUCAAAAAAUGGUUGAAUAAUAAAGUCAAGAUUGCUUGAAAGAGA